AUGGCGAUUGGAUGGAUGCUCAACCAGAGACAAAGGCAAGUCCUUGCUUUCAUUGUUUUGCUCAGCAUGUUGGGGGUGGACUCUGAAUUAGGGCCUUAUUCAGUGGUGGAAGAAACGGAGAGAGGUUCUGUGGUGGCAAAUCUAGGAAAAGAUCUGGGACUGGAGUUGACAGAGAUGGCCAUUCGUGGGACUCGAAUUAUUUCUCAAGGGUCGAAAGAGCAUUUGCAAUUCAAGGUUCAGACUGGGAAUUUGCUCAUAAAGGAGGAACUGGACCGAGAAGAGCUGUGUGGUUCAACAGAGCCUUGCAUACUACAAUUUCAGGUAUUAAUGGAAAAACCACUAGAGAUCUUUCAGGCUGACCUGAGGGUGAUGGACAUAAAUGACAAUUCUCCCAUAUUCACUGAAAGAGAAAUGAUUUUAAAAAUUCCGGAGAAUAGUCCUCCAGGAAUUACAUUUUCUCUGAAUACUGCUGUUGAUUUGGAUGUAGGAAGCAACAAUAUUCAGAAAUAUGAAAUCAGUCCCAACUCCCAUUUUCGGGUUCUAACCCAAAAUCGCAGUGAUGGCACAAAAUACCCUGAGCUUGUGUUAGAAAAUGAGCUAGAUCGGGAGGAUGAGCCUGAAAUCUCAUUAACCCUGAAGGCGCUGGACGGUGGCAAUCCACAUCGCUCAGGGACAUCCAAGGUGCUCAUUGAAGUGGUGGACAACAAUGACAAUUCCCCAGAAUUUGAGCAGCAGCUCUACAGGGUGCAUAUUCCUGAGAACAGCUCCAUAGGAUCUCUGGUUACCACAGUGUCUGCUAGUGAUUUAGAUAGUGGAGUUAAUGGAGAAAUCACAUAUACACUCUUUCAGCCUUCAGAGGACAUUAGCAAAACCUUGAAAUUAAACCCUAUGACAGGUGAAAUUCGACUGAGAAAACAAGUAGAUUUUGAAAUAAUUCAGUAUUAUGAAGUUGAUAUCAAGGCAAUCGAUGGAGGAGGUCUUUCUGGGAAAUGCACUCUUCUACUGAGGGUUCUGGAUGUGAAUGAUAACCCCCCACAAGUGACCAUGUCAGCAGUCACCAGUCCCAUUCCAGAGAACUCACCUGAGAUGGUAGUUGCAGUUUUCAGUGUAUUAGAUCCUGACUCUGGUGACAAUGGGAAGACUGUUUCCUCAAUUCAGGAUGACCUUCCUUUUCUUCUAAAACCUCCAGUAAAGAAUAUUUUCACCUUAGUAACCCAGAGAGAGCUUGACAGAGAAGAAAGAUCAGAGUACAAUAUCACCAUCACGGUGACAGACCUGGGCAUCCCCAGGCUGGCAACGCAGCACACCAUCAGGGUGCAGGUGUCCGACGUGAACGACAACGCCCCCGCCUUCAGCCAGCCCUCCUACACCCUGCUGGUGGGCGAGAACAACAGCCCCGCGCUGCACAUCGGCAGCGUGAGCGCCACGGACGCGGACGCGGGCAGCAACGCGCAGCUGACCUACUCGCUGCUGCCGGGCCCCGAGCCUUGGCCCCCGCAGCUGCCGCUCGCCUCGCUGGUGUCCAUCAACGCGGACAACGGGCAGCUGUUCGCGCUGCGCUCGCUGGACUUCGAGGCGGUGCGCGCCUUCGAGUUCUCCGUGCGCGCGCAGGACCGCGGCUCGCCCGCGCUGAGCGGCCAGGCGCGGGUGCGCGUGCAGGUGCUGGACCGCAACGACAACGCGCCCUUCGUGCUGUACCCGCUGCAGAACGCGUCGGCGGCGUGCAGCGAGCUGGUGCCCAGGGCGGCCGAGGCGGGCUACCUGGUGAGCAAGGUGGUGGCGGUGGACGGCGACGCGGGCCAGAACGCCUGGCUGUCCUUCCAGCUGCUCAAGGCCACGGAGCCCGGGCUCUUCAGCGUGUGGGCGCACAAUGGCGAGGUGCGCACGGCGCGGCCGCUCAGCGAGCGCGACGCGCCCAAGCACAGGCUGCUGGUGCUGGUCAGGGACAAUGGCGAGCCGCCGCUGUCGGCCAGCGUCACGCUGCACGUGCUGCUGGUGGACGGCUUCUCGCAGCCCUUCCUGCCGCUGCCCGACGCGGCGCCCGGCGCGGCGCCCGACGACCACCUCACCGUCUACCUGGUGGUGGCCUUGGCGUGCGUGUCGUCGCUCUUCCUCUUCUCUGUGCUGGCCUUCGUGGCCGUGCGCCUGUGCCGGCGGGCAGGCCAUGCGGCGGGGGCCGGCUACCCCUACCCGGGUCUGCCCGACGGGCCCUUUCCGGGACAGCUGCUGGACGCCAGCGGUGCGGGGACCCUGUCCCACAGCUACCGGUAUGAGGUGUGCCUGGCUGGGGGCGCUGGCACCAAUGACUUCAAGUUCCUUAAGCCCAUUCUGCCCAUCUUUCCACCCCAGGACACUAACACUGGCGAAGUUGUAGAGCAAAAUCCUUCAUUCCGCAAUAGUUUGGGAUUAAAUAUUCAGUGAUUAUGGUUUACAAAUUUCUCGUGUGCUUUUUUCAUGUCAACUGAGUGUUAUAUUUUCUGUGUGUGUCCACACUAGGUCAUGCUCAACAACUACUGCAACU